AUGAAUCCUUGUACACCUUUAGCGACUCCUGCUUCAACUUCUAUUCCAUCCAUCGCGAUUAUUGGCGCUGGAAUCUCUGGUCUGGUUGCAGCUCGAAUACUUCAACUCAAUGACAUUCCAGUUACUAUUUACGAGUCAGACAAGUCACCAACUAGUCGAUUCCAAGGUGGCACACUUGAUCUUCAUCCAGAGUCAGGUCAACAUGCAGUCAAGGAGGCUGGUCUUUGGGAUGACUUCAUUCGUGAGGCACGCCCAGAAGGCCAGGACUUCCUCCUUAUGGACAAGCACACCAACAUUCACCUCAACAAAGAAGCCGACCCCCAUGAUUUUGAACGACCAGAGAUUGAUAGAGGCACCCUUCGAGAUAUGUUCAUCAACUCAUUGAAGGAGGGCACUAUUCUCUGGGGUACCCGUGUCAACCGAAUACAACCAACAAUGGAUGGCUCCCAGAGACACACAGUUAUAUACAACAAUGACCUCGAGGCGACAUUUGACCUGGUGAUUGGAGCUGAUGGUGCAUGGUCCAAGGUGCGAACCUUACUCUCCAAGGACAAGCCAGCAUACACCAACAUGAUGCUCUUUGAAACAAGAAUCACAGAUGCCGAUCGACGUUAUCCUGCGAUUGCCAAGCUUGUAGGCCGAGGAAGUUGUUUUGUCGCCUCUAAUGGUCUCUCAUUGAUUGGUCAGAGGAACUCCAAUGGAUGCAUUCGAAUCUACCCUUGCUUCUAUGUGCCAGAGGACGAGAUCAAUCAGUUCGAAUUCCCCGACAAAGAUACAGGAAGAAACUUCCUCUUGAAGAAGUUUGAAGGAUGGGAUGAGAAGCUCAGAGAUAUGAUCAGAUUCUGCGACGAUGAUUUCACCCCUCGACCAAUCUACGCACUGCCCGUGCCACACACCUGGGAGACAAAACCUGGUCUAACAAUCAUUGGAGAUGCUGCACACCUCAUGUCGCCUUUUGCUGGUGAAGGUGCCAAUUUGGCAAUGUGGGAUGGCUGCGAACUUGCCCUUGGAAUUGUGAAUGCGAUCAAGAACAACACACCCAUUCUGGAUGUUCUGCAAGUGUUUGAGAAACGCAUGCAUGCCAUGUGUCUUGACAAAGCAGAGUUGAGUGCAAGCAACUUGGAACUCUACCUUCGCCAAGACUCUCUUGAUGCUCUCAAAGAACGAUGGACACUGAUAUUUAGUGGAGAAUACAAUCCAGAUUCAAACCAUCACUCUCAAUAA